CAGCUUCGCGGCGGGAGGGGGGUUGGAAAUGCUACCGCAGUAGUGGUGCUCUUGCGUAAAAAAAUUCUCCGAUACUUCGCCCUCUUCUCGAACGAAGGAAGGAAAGAAGGAAAAUCGCCGUUAUUAAGACGCAAUGUCCAACUCACGCGGCGAAUGUUUACCGGGCGAGAUUUAUUGACAACUCGUUGACUGACGUUGGCCCACAGCUGACAGACGUCAGUUUAAAAUGCGCUCGUCAGAAUUUGUUCCGUUCGCCGAAAAAGUUACGCCACGGCCUCAUGAUUCGAGGAUUCCGUAACCCCGUGUAUUCGCGUUUCACCGCAUAUCAUCGGCAUUGUCGUCGCAUUUUCGAGCGUGUUUCUCACGGUCCUCGACAAAAAUUUACCGAGUUUAACCGCGACAUCGCGCCUCCCCAGUUGACGUUCACCAAUUUUCGGAGACACAGUCGAUGGACCAGCGCGUUUCAAUCAAACGAAAAUUUACAGGCCUUCAGCCAAUGCUGCGUGUGUAUUUUUAGCAAUAUCUGACUCUCACCAACUGUGUGAUGAAACGUGUGUGAUGAGUUACGUUGAUUGAUAGAUUCCCUCCUCGUUACGUUGGUAUAAAAAUAUUUUUCCCCUUAUAUAUUUACUCGGUGCAUCGCUUUUCCAUAUCCACAAGUAAUUUUGCAUAGGAAUAGAAAAAACGCGACUUUUUAUUUUCCAGCCAAGGAAGAAGUACAUCUGUCGUAAUACAAUUAUUCUAACUUUUGGAAAGAAUUUUAUUUGCAUCACUGAUGUAAUGUAGAAUAUAAUACCCAGCGGCCAAACAAACCUCAAUUGACUACUUUCAACAGUCUUUGACAUUCGAUUAGUUUUUGCACGCAAUUAUUACAGUGAAAAAGAAAAACUUUACAACUCGUAACUCUAAUAAAUCUAUCAAGUUGUUUGGAUUUAUUUUUCGAUAGAUCCUAAGAGGAACACUGGUGCGAAUAAGUUUAGUUAGCUUAGUAAAUACAGGGCACACUUAUAAAUCCGUCCGUCAAAUACGGUGAUAUAUAUAAUCAAAUAUCUUUCAACAAAACGAACAUUAUGAUCAAGUUUAUAUAUCAAUGAAAAUGCGGAUAAAAUUAAUUCAGAGCAUACAGAAAAGCUGGAUACCUCCAACAGUAACGUCUUUCCUGGCCAAUAAACGGCACGCAACGAGGUAUUUACUGCUCUGAAAAACUUGCACGGUUUAGGUGUCAUUUUUGAGACAUUAUAGAACACUGGUUCGAUUUAAAAAAAAAUCACGUCGAUGAGCAGAUGCGUCUAUUGAGAACUUAGGGGCGAGCAGGGGCGAUGCCCCCUGGUGCAGACAGGGGCUCGGAGGGCCCUUCGUGCUCCGAAGCUCACGAUGGCCAGGAGCCAGCGCUGACUAAGCCUCCACCCUUAUUAUCGCCCGUUCAGCGUUGCUACAGACAUCUCAAGAGUUCGGGAAUCGGCGAAGCCAGCGUUUAUCAUGCCCUUGUCGUCAUAUUCCUGGAGUUCUUUGCCUGGGGACUGCUGACAAUGCCCAUUAUUGCCGUUCUCAACAAGACAUUUCCCGAUCAUACCUUUCUGAUGAACGGUCUGAUAAUGGGCAUCAAAGGGAUUCUCUCGUUCCUCUCAGCUCCACUGAUCGGCGCGCUCUCCGACGUUUGGGGAAGGAAAUUCUUCCUGCUUAUCACUGUAGCUUUUACCUGUGCGCCUAUACCACUCAUGAGCAUAAAUACAUGGUGGUUUUUCGCCAUGAUUUCAAUCAGCGGAGUAUUUGCCUGCACAUUCUCGGUUGUCUUUGCUUACGUCGCUGACGUCACCGAGGAGAGCGAACGUUCUCUGGCUUACGGUUUGGUGUCUGCCACGUUCGCAGCUAGUAUGGUAAUUAGUCCUGCGCUCGGUUCGUACCUGAUGGAAGUUUACGAACAAAAUUUCCCCGUUGCUUUGGCAACAGCCAUUGCUAUCCUAGACGUUUUCUUUAUAUUGGUUGCUGUGCCGGAAAGCUUGCCUGAAAAAGCUCGUCCUCCAGCCCCUAUUUCUUGGGAACAAGCAGAUCCCUUCGCAGCCUUGGGAAAGGUGGGCAAGGAUCAUACAAUUUUGAUGCUAUGUGUCACCGUAUUCCUGAGUUAUUUGCCUGAAGCAGGCCAGUAUAGCUGUAUAUUUGUCUACCUUAAAUUAGUAAUGGGUUUCUCUGCCACAAUGGUGGCAGUAUUUAUAGCGGUAGUUGGAAUAUUAAGUGUCUGUGCACAAAUAAUACUUGGGCCUCUGAUGAAGACCCUCGGAAGCAAGCACACAAUUAUGCUCGGUCUUCUCUUUGAGAUGCUACAGCUGAUGUGGUACGGAUUUGGCUCGCAGACCUGGAUGAUGUGGGCCGCCGGAGGUCUCGCUUCAGUUUCGAGCAUCACGUAUCCCGCAAUAUCAGCCUUUGUUUCGAUGCACUCAGAUGCUGAUAAGCAAGGUCUCGUCCAGGGAAUGGUUACCGGUAUGCGAGGUCUCUGUAACGGCCUCGGACCCGCAAUGUUCGGUGUAAUAUUCUACCUCUUUCACGUUGACCUCAACGACGAUUCCUCGAGUUCACCCAGAAACACCCCGAAACCGCCGUCACCAGGUGAUGCGAAUGGAACAUCGUCAAAUACGCAUUUCGAGGUAAUUCCACAGUUCAUACCAGGACCGCCUUUUGUCUUUGGAGCCUUCUUGGUAAUCUGCGCGCUCCUCGUCGCCGCGUUUAUACCUGAUUCAGGAUCGACUAUGCUCGGAUCGGCGCAUCCUUCUGGAUCCCGGAGGCCCUCCGAUUACAGCAAAGUUAACAUACCGCUUUACCCGACAAGCAUUUAUCGUGAUGAUGAAUCGCUAAAAAUGCUCCUCAAUUCCUCUCAAUCCCUGCGAUGUCCAACGCAGUUAUGCUCGAAACGGAACGUUUCAUCCAGGUGUUCAGUAUCUUACUAAACUCUGACGCCUUUCAUUGGAUGUUCAUUACGAGACAGAGAGAGUGGCUGGCUCCAGGGGAAAAGUUGGACCAUUGUCACCACUGGUUGACAGUUCAAACUCAGCCGCUCUAUAACCAAUCUCAUAUCUUGGGAGUGAUGUGCUGCAAAUGACGAAGAUGAAAGAAUAUACGGGGUGUGUUUAUAACACAUCAUAAUAUCGA